CUUCACCGCCUUUUCAACUUUCUUUCCCCCCUCCCUCUUUCCCUCAUGGCUAUCAUACCCGAGCUCGUAUCCCAAUCUGCCCAUGCAACUACAAAAAACGGUGCAAAUCUCCUUGUGUUCGCGUGCAUACAUAUGCAUGCUUAUAUGUACGUACGUGAUGUCAUUGUUUGUUUCCGACCACCCGCUCGCUUCUAGCAUGGGGAAUCCCUUAAAAUCCCAUGAAUGAGAAUCGCAAAGACAU